UAGGAGCAAAGGUAUGUCGGUCACAUAGGUCUACAUUUUAUCCAUGCCUAUCAGUCAUUUAAACUAGGUUGUUAUACGGCAUGCUCUCUGAGACUCUGACAUAAUCCGGGUAUGAGUCCAAUAUAACGUUUCCUAGUUGUAUCAUUGAGUGGAUCGUGUUUAGCCAGUCCGCUACAUUGACACUGUUCUGUGAAACUGAUACUUCGUGAACGUAGAUGUCGUGAUUCGCUUCGGUGAAUCGUCUGGAGUUCCGCUGAACUGUGAAGCCACGUCGCUCAUUGGCCAGUAUUAGUUCCCUUUGACUACUUCGGCUUCUGCUAUUGGCUGAGCCGCAGCCUGCCCGUGGACCCGCCUCCUCCCAGCAAAACGGACUGAUUCUGAUUGAUAAUUUAAAGGCAGUCUUUCUGUUCAUCCUUCCAGUACGCGUCUCCACCGUUUUUACACAAAGUGUUUCAGCCAGCCAGUCUUACCGCACGACCCAAGCGGACACCAAGCUCCCAGUGGUACCGGGUGAAGCCUCGGUGGCGUGAAGGCAGGUGUUGAGGACUGUCUUUCUCUCUCUGCCUCAUUCUGUUGUUCUGAGUCAUGGCGACCUCUCUGCUCAGCAGGCAGCUGGUCCUCUCCCUCCAGCAGAACCUCAGGCUCACUGCACCAGGCUGCAGGUAUGUGAGUAAGGCAGCAGCUAAGACUCAGGUGGAGUUUGAGUACGAUGGGCCGUCCAUGAAGACCGAGGUCCCAGGACCCCGUUCCAAGGAGCUGACCAAACAGUUGGGAGAGAUUCAGAACGUGGGAGCAAUCAAUUUCUUCUGUAACUAUGAGGAGAGCAGAGGAAACUACCUGGUGGACGUGGACGGAAACCGCAUGCUGGACGUCUACACACAGAUCUCCUCUAUUCCUAUUGAACGCUGCAUACCAAAAGCUACGUACCUGAGAGGACCUUGUGUUUUUUAGCCUGACAUUGCAACACAGAGAGCAGCUGGGGACGAGAGACUUAGUUUACAUUACAGUGGUUUAGGGCAAGGCCACAUACAGCAGUUGGCCACGCCCUGACCUGAGAUGUCUCUGUUUUCUUUAUAUUUUGGUUAGCUCAGGGUGUGACUAGGGUGGAUACGCUAGUUU